GUUUUUGACGGUGACGAGCACGUCAAAAUACCGGUCACUGUACGUAAAGUUAUUUAACAAGCUAGCGGUUCAAGAGACUCGCGUCAGUGUUUAUUCAUCACGUUAAAAACUUUUAAAUCGCACGACGUUAGUGUUUAGGUCGUUAUAAGGUCGUUAUAAGCGUUAGAAGUUCUCGUAUGGACCGUACGCGGUGCAUCAAGCGCGUAAAAGACUGUAAACAAGAGUAGCUGUAAAUCCAGGAGGAUUAACUGACGUUAAACGCUUUUCAAGAAGGAAUCAAAAUGUUCCCCCUUGACUCUCCGUGGAAUAUCUCUUUUGCGGGUUGUGGCUUUUUGGGGAUUUAUCACAUCGGAGUGGCCAGCUGUCUGCGGGAGCACGCGCCUUUCCUGGUGGAGAAUGCGCAUCACAUUUACGGCGCGUCCGCGGGCGCGCUCACGGCCUCUGCGCUGGUCAGCGGUGCCUGUCUGGGAGAGGCAGGUGCGGGCAUCAUUGAUGUUGCUAAAGAAGCCCGAAAGCGCUUCCUGGGCCCCAUGCACCCCUCCUUCAACCUGGUGAAGAUCAUGCGGACCAUACUCCUCCGCGUGCUGCCACCCGAUGGUUACAGCCGGGCCACCGGCCGCCUGGGCAUCUCUCUGACCCGCGUGACGGACGGAGAAAACGUGCUGAUGACACACUUCAACAGCAAUGAGGAACUCGUGCAAGCAUGUGUAUGCAGCACUUACAUUCCCGUGUACUGUGGCCUGAUCCCUCCAACCCUGCAGGGAGUGCGGUACGUGGACGGUGGCAUCAGUGAUAAUUUGCCUCAGUACGAGCUGAAAAACACCAUCACGGUGUCUCCGUUCUCAGGAGAAAGUGACAUCUGCCCGCGAGACAUCAGCUCCACCAACAUUCACGAGCUCCGCUUCACCAACACCUCCAUUCAGUUCACACUGGCCAACCUCUACAGAGUGUCCAGAGCGCUGUUUCCACCCGAUCCGCUGGUGAUGAAGAACAUGUGCAAGCAGGGAUACAGAGAUGCGUUACACUUCCUCAAGAAGAACGGUCUGUUACAGUAUGGAGGUCCACACCGUAUGCUGGCCGUAGCUGAUGGAGGGGCUGAGGAAGAGUCUGACGGUGAGGAUGAUGACAGAGAAACACAGGAUCGCUCCAGCAUCGAGGAGCACAUCUUUGAACACCUUCCUCCGAGAGUUCAUGAAGCGCUGGUGGAGGCCUGCAGGGAGAGGCGGAGUCUGGUGCAGUCGCUAAGCAACAUGCUGCCUGUCAGAAUGGCGUCUGCCAUCCUGUUACCGUACACACUUCCUCUGGAAUCAGCUCUGUCACUGAGCGUCAGACUGUUGGAGUGGUUGCCAGACAUUCAGGAGGAUGUGAGCUGGAUGAAGGAGCAGACAGUGAAGCUGCUGCAGAGUGUUUUAUCACACGCCGGGAGUGUGUCACAGCAGGUGUCUGCACGCUUUUCAUAUCAGCCGGAAUUGAAACAUUCCCAGUCGGUCCCGGCCAGCUUCAGUGUGGCACGUCUGCUCCCGGGAUGGGUCUGCGGGGGCAGCUCCACAGUCCUGGACGCCAUGCUGCGAUUGGACCAGUACCAGCGCCAACUCCUGCCGGGCCUUUUCUGUGUCAAUCUGGACCUCCGAGGGUCUUUCAGCACCAGUUCGGCUCACCCCAGUGCCUCCAGCUCCCUGAGCCACCAAGACACAAUGGAGGGUCUCACCAUGCGUCCCGUCAGUGCCCUGAACACCAGCCUGCUCCCUUAAACUCUGGGCCUUGAGAGACCGUUAUAUCCCACAAUGCACUGUGAUGAUGCAGAGGAACCUUGAGCAGAACAUUUCAGUGCCUGAUGGUUAGCAUCAGCAGAAGGAAAGCAAAUGCUUUGCAAAUCUUUUUCUCGUGGUUGAAGAUAAUUACAUGAUUCUGACUAUUACAAUUAAGAGAAUGUCAAAGAAAUGCAAAAGAAUGUAUUUGGAAGAUAUGCUGCACUUCAUGAAAUGUUCUUGCUUAUAUAUAUAUAUUUUUUAAAGCACAGAUUUUAAUGUCCAUGACCAUAAGUUUUAUUUUUAUAUAUAUAUAUAUAUAUGUGUGUGUGUGUGACCCUGAACCACAAAAGCAGUGUUAAGUCUC